AUAUAUAUAUAUAUAUAUAUAUUGAGAAGUUAAGAGAGCAAGCUAGCUUGUGUUGAUUACUACUGCCUGCCUAAGAUAUCUGCAUGCCAACAUACAGCCAUGGAGGUUAUCGAGUUGAAGGUGCAUCUGCAUUGCAAGGCCUGUGAGAAAGCAGUACGCAAAGCCUUGUGCAGGAUCAAAGGGGUAACAUGCGUGCAGAUCGAUGGUAUAUCAAACAAGAUUACAGUGAUGGGGUAUCUGGAUAAAAAGAUGGUGGUGAAAGCCAUUUGGAAGACAGGGAGAAGGGCUGAUGUGCUGCCAUCUUCUCCAUCACCUCGCUUGGAGGCACCGGCGCCUAGUCCUAGAUUGCCUACUGGCUUUCGGUGCAUCAUUCCAGCUAAAUGGUGUUUCAAGAAACCAAAUACCAUUCCCAGAAGCACUGCUGUAACAUCAUGAAUAAAUUGUACUAAGAUAUCGAUUAGAAUCUUAAAUAAAAUCAUCUAAGUAACACCAUUAUUUUAAUUUGUGCAGGAAACAUAUUUUAUUAACCCUGUAAAAACUUAAAUAGUUAAGUAAGGUUCAAGAUGUGAUUGAAGGUGUUUGAGAUUGUGGCGGGAGUGCUUUUUAAAAUAGCUUUUCGCUGGAAAAUACAUUAUAAUUUUUUUUAUAUCAGUAAAUCAAAACAAUUAGAAAACACUAAAAAAAUCAAUUUAAUGUUUUUUCAAGGGAAAAAUAUUUUUGAGAAGCAACUAAAAACAAAAUCAAAUUAAUGAUGAUGAAGAAAAGUUGGCACAAAUAUUGCAGAAAAUGCUGGAAAAAAAUAUUGUAGCUGUUUUCAGGAUGGAAUCGGAAGCGAAUAAUGA